AUUAUCAACGAUUGGAUCAAUGCCACAUUCCCAUAGCAGAGAAAGAAAAAAGAAUUCUUGAUAAAAUUCCAACUCCUCCAAUUUAUUUAUUUUAAAUUCACAGCUUUUACUUGAUCAACCAUGAUUUGAUGGGGGAGGAGAACUCGUCGAUCCCAUUCGAAGACUUCAAGCUCUCCGCGGAUUCCGAAAUCCCAUUUGAUCUAUUCGUCUCCAAGAAAUACAAGGGCCUCGGCCUCCGAGGAUUUGUCAGAUACGCCGAUUCAUCCGGAAAUUUGGUCUACACUGUCAACAAAUCCUCAGCUGCUACCGAUCGGGAUUGUGUGAAGCAGCUCCUCGAUUCUUCUGGAAAUAUUCUUUUCUCAAUCAAGCGACUUCACAAAGGAUCAUGGCGUGGAUAUAAGGGAAACGGUGAAGGCAAGAAAGAGAUAUUCACAGUAGAGAAGCAUGUGGAUGAGACCAGUAGAAAUGAGUUCAGAGUGUUGCUUGUUAAUGACAGCAACAACGAAGAUUCAAAGACCGAGUUGCUGAUGAAAGGCAACCCUUUCCGUAGAUCCUGCACCAUCUACAAAGGCGACUCCAUUGUCGCUCAGACUAGCCUCAUGUACAAGCUUGGAAUGGGGAAGGUUUUCGUCCCCAGAAACCGGUUUCGUGUAACAGUUUUUCCAGGAUUUGCUGACCGUAGUUUAGUUGCUUGUCUGAUUGCUGUAUACUUCGAUGGCAGAAAGCUUUGGAUAUGAGGUGAUAUUGUGGUUUCUACUUCUCAUUGGCUUCAUACUCAACCUAAUAAAUUUUAUGAAAUGUUUAUUUGUAACAAAGAUGAUAUGAGAUGACAGCAUAGCAAAAUGUUGGACUUUCUCUUGGUUA